GCCCUCUCAAAUAGGUGGAUGCACUUCCACAAUAUUUAAAGAUGGUGCAUCCGUGCUCCCGAAAUCACUUCGCCGCCAGACUUGAAGCCAUGAAGACGUGUGUCACUUUGCUCUUGUUGGUGAUUGCGGCGAGUGCCUUGGCCCUGCCAGCGCCCGAGCCGCAGAAAAAACCGGAAGCAAGACUAUUCGGACUCGGGGGCUUAGGUAGUAGCGGCUCAUCAUGGGGCGGCGGCUCCCCGUGGAGUGGUGGUUUCUACGGCGCUCCCCCUGGCUACUACGGAUACCAGCCCAGCAGGGUCCGCUUUGACCCGUUGAGAGGCUCCUACGGCACCUACAACCCGUUCUGGGGCGGAGCGGGAGGAGGAAGAUUCUAGCUACACACCCAGGGAGAGGUUGAAUCAACGCGUGAUUCCGCUUCACCCCGCGUGCAUCAUGAAGUGCAACAAGUUACAAAAGA